UGCAGAUGGCUCAGCUAUAAGGCACAACAGAUAAGCAUUAAAAUAUGAGGCUGAUAUCCUUAGUUUGUUUGCUUUUUCUUCCUGUCGUCCUGUGCAAAAAUGAAUCGUUUGUAGCGAUUAUACUAGGCCUGGAAAGGGACUGUAUCAAUUAUUACUGCCGGUACACGGGUCGACUCAAUGGCCAUUUUUGGCAGCCUUACAAGAUUCUACCCCCGGAAGUGGUGAUCAAACCUUGCGUCACUCUGGAGAUUGAGUAUUGCUUCUUUGAUACUCUUGAUGAGUGCCAUGAGAAGGAAGAAUUUUGGGUACCCAUGUGCCCAAUAUGGUCGUUCUGUCCCAAUUAUGAAUACUGUAACGAUCAAUCAAUGGGGUAUAGAUGCUCAUGCAAGAAAGGUUCACCAUACGCUUUUACCGUAAAUGUGACUCGUAACGGUAAACUGCGUAUAAACUUUUACCGGCUGCUUUUUUUAAGCCAAGCGAUAGGUCAUCCUCGCAUAAUAGUGGCAUCAAGCAACAUCUUUGACCUCCGGACUACCCCAGAUGACUGGGAUCCUAUUGAACUCAAUGGAAAGAAAAAUUUGACCUUUCGGACAACGAAUGGUAACCCUCCACUACGUGCAGGGUCGAUGUGUGUACUCAUGGGAACUGUGUUUGUCACUGGUCUAGCUACACUUUUGUUUUUGUCAAGCUUUAAAGAUCGAUGAAAGCUGUGAGAAUAAUUCGGCAGUCGGAAUUGUACCUUUUUAAAUAUAGUUUGUUCAAUAUUUAUUUACAGCUAAUUGUUAUAAAUGCAUUCACGAUGUUUGUUAUUACUUUUCAAAUUAUUAAAAAAAAUUAUUAACUCAUACAUAUCACAAAUCUCCACUAAAAUUUACUUAAAUCACAGUAUUGAAUUUUUAAACUGUUGACUUAUACUUUGCAAAUUACUAAACCUCAAAUUCUCCGGAUGAUUAAUAUUAUCAAUAAAUAAUGAUAACGCCUAAUGCAACAAUGGUUUUGAUUGAAAUUAAUACUUAUAAAUCAUUCAAUAAUUUCAUAUUGAAUGGGAAUGU